AUCUUGAUCUUAGCUUCAUGCGGAUGGGGAGGAGGAGGAGGAGAAGGAGAAGGAGGAGGAUCGAGGAGUGGGUGAGAUGGGAUGUGACACCGCCUUGCAUUGAUGACGCUUGCCAUCGGUAGACAUUUGGACAGCCUAUGUAACCCAUAUACCGAGCAACAAAUGGUGCGUCUGUGCCGGAGACCUAAUGCUGGAGACAGGGAGAUGUUUCCGCCGACUCCGUGGCAUUGACGCUGUGCUGCAGAGGCUGCAGCGGGAGGACAAACCGCGCGGUGUCAUCUGUUGAUCGGAUUGGAGACAAUUAAGCGCAUUAUCAUGAACCGCCACGGUCCCACCUGCAGGUAGGUACUUGGAUGUGGAGGAUGCGAGGGACAUAAUAAGUACACAAGCGUCGUUGAAGCAGUGAAGUUGGAUUAUAAGAUAGGGCAGGGAGCUCUUGGUGUUGAUCAGAUGCAGGUAUGGAGCUGCUAUUGGUAUGCAGAUGGAGACUUGUGAGGUUGCCAGGAGACCCGCUGCUGCAUCCGCGUCUCUGCGUGCCUUCUUCUUUCCCCCGUAAUUGCAGGCUAUACAGGCCUCCACACAUCAAUGGCGGGGUGAUAUGUUAUUCAACCGCCAGCGUGUCUGUCGCCUCUGCUGCUUGAAUUAAAACCUUUUCUGGCUACUUAAAAGAAUCACACCAGCAUUGCAGCUCACAGAUGUUUGGCUGCAGUCAAAGCGGCCUGACUCGAUCCCACUUGUUGGCCCUGUAGGUAUCAUCGGCUUCACAAGAGGGGACGUCAGGCGACCGACCUGUCAGGCACGUUUAGUCCUCAUGGCAAUCAUGUGCUGCACACCAGUCUGCUUCUGCAUGGAGGUGACAGAAGAAUUCAUUAUUGAUAGGACUUUUUGUCAACUCAGUUUUAAUUGUUACACAUGCUGCUGCUAACAGGAUAUGGACAAUAAGCAACAUUUGUCAGCUGCAAAAAAAAAAAAAAAAGGUGCACAGAGGCUUAAGCCUAGAACACUAUUGCUAAAAUUAUUAUUAUUAUUUUUAAUUCUAAUUGAUUCUCUUGGAAUCAAUGCAUCAUAUAUAAACAAAAUGUGUACCACAUGAAAGACCAAAGUCUCGGGUAUAUAUUUUGUAUUCAUGUCAUUUUCAUAUCUUGUGUCAGUGCAGAGUUAUAAGCAAUCAAAUAGAGAGUGUGAACAUGUGACAUGUUGUCUCACUACAUGGGGUAAGAUGUCAGUGGAUUUUGCAGCUAUUAAGACAAGGACAAAAUUAAUGUUCUCAUUUUUUUUAAGGUGAAAGUGAACAUCAAAGUCAGGCACAGAAAAUGUUUAUCACUGAGCUAGAAAAAGUCAUCGAACAUAGCCAUUAAACAACAUUAACAUAAACUAUUAUGCAACAUGUUCUGGAGUUUGGAGAGCUGUCUGACUCUGUAUUUCAGCCGGGGUGAAUGUUUUACAGUACUGAGCCAAGGUAUGGUAGUUGACAUUAAAGUCCUUUAUUGUACUCCUGAUUGAUUUAUUAGCUAGGGUCACCUGUCUGACUGCCCUUAGCAUCACGUCAGGUACUGCACUGCCAUGUACUGGUUUUCUUUUGUAAUUCCUGACCACGUCUUCACGUGUUCUCCUCUCCUUUAAACCACUCUUUUAAACAUGUUACAACUAACCCCAAAAUGACUGAGGCAUGUCCCCCAAAACUACCAUGUCUGCUAAUUCUGGCUCUAGCUUAAAGUUAGUUUAAAACAGAACAAUGACUGAGGUAUGACAGGAUGUCUUAAUCUCUCCUCUAACAAGUCCACAUGUAUCACUGCUAGGAUUUUUAUCUGGAAGAAGCUUAUUUUAAAAUAUAAAAAGUUAAUUUUGUUUACUUUAGGUUGUGAAAAAUGGUUAAUUGUCACUCAUCUCAGCUCACAAUGUGCUCUUCUCUUCUCAGACAGGAAAAUCCCUGACCAUUUAAAAAAGAAACUAGUAUUCCAAUUUUUAGUUGCGCCCUCUGGUGGCAAAGAUAAUUACAACGUGACAACUUACCCAUGUGACAACAAGCCCCAGUCUCCCCUACUUGUCAUUAAAAUAUAUCAAAAUAGGACAACAGAUGACAAAUUAAAUUAGUUUUCUUUUAUUUUUAACUGUGCAGUGUCCAAAGGGAGGGGAAAAAAAGUGCCAUGAGGGGACCAUAUAAAAACGCAAGAAAAUAAAUGAAAUUAGGCAUUCAUGAACAAAAAAAUCCUAUAUAUCAUCUGUAAAAUUAGUUUAUUUUCCACCCAUUCCUGGGGCAUUUGAGUCUUUCCUUGUGAAGACUCAGGGUCCUUGGCACAAUAACAACUGCAGGAGAGAGAACCAAAACAUGGCAUAUUUUGAGUGAGUAAAAAUGACCAGCUGACUGAAAUAUUUUUUAUCACCAUAUAAAUUUCCUUGAAACAUCAUGCAGCUAUCAAGUCCACCCAAACAUACUUAACCUCUAUCACUAUUGCCGGGUGAAAAUCACCCGAACACGUACCUGUAGGAAAAAGCAGGUUUUGGAUCAGGGAAACAAAUAUGUCUUCAAAGAUGUCAAAGGAAAUGCUAAAGCUACUCAGAGACCUAUGAUACUCAGACAAACGCAACAUAAUGAAAUCACAUAAACAUGUGGCUCUAGGGUUAAUCUGAUGGAAGUGAUCCUGCUAGUUCAAUAAUGAAGAUAUUUUAAAAAGCAUGAUUUUCUUACAUAAAUGUUAUUAAAUAUUGUACAUUUUUAUUUCAUGUUCCACUAAUGUCAGAAAAUGACACAUUUAACCACAGGCCUAUAGAUAUCCAGUUCACAGUGAUAGAAAACAGGAAAAUAGGUCACUGAAGACAGUUUUGCAUUUUCUCCUCUACAAACGACUGUGGAGAUUAAUCAUUUAUAAAAAUCACGCUUGUUUGUUUUGCUGUUUGACACAUUGACAUUGUAAAUCUCUAAAACAGGUAACUACAUGGACAGAUGCUCGAAUAAUAGGUUUAAACCAAAUCAGCAUGUGACCUACAUACUAUUUACAGCUGUGAUUCUCAUCCUCACGGUUGUGACCCUUUCUUUGGGUCAGCAGAUAAACGUGAGAGGUCACGGGAUGAUUAUCAAAGCAUAUAAAGAAAAGAAUAUCCUGCUAUAUAUAUUUCUAAUUAAUAUUUCAGUACCGCCACUGAAAUUCAAACAAUCGUCAAUGUUUGGAGGGGAAAUCUACAUUGAAGGACUUAUAAAUAAAUAUAACCUGUGACAACAAGAGGAGCUGUUUUGUGAAAAAUGCAGAUAUGCUCACUGUGUUUAUACGGUGAGUAAAGCUGCUGUAGGACCUAAUAGGAUUUCUUCAAGUAGUUUUUUUUUAGUAUUUCAGCAAGUCUUAUUCUGUCAACAAAUUAAGACUAGAGCUUGUGUGUGUGUGUGUGUGUGUGUGUGUUUCCUGACCCCGAGCAUGAGGUGUGUUUACGAGUGAUGAGCACGAGUGACGUCUGCACUGUUGACAGGUGUGCUGUGCAGAUGAGGCGUUCAACGUCACCUUGGUGCCUGGAGCUGUUUACACCUUCACCUUCAUAUCCCUGCUUCUGCACAUGUGCCACUGACAUACAUUAGCUGUCAUUUUUGACUUUACCUUUUUAAGCUUUUGAGUCAGGAGCCUCUUCUGCUUCUCUCUUAGCCGCUUUGGGAGCCAAUCCUCUUAAGGGUAUCUGUCAAGUCAUGCACGUGCAGAGAGAAGGCGAGAGUAGCGUUAGACGUGAUGUUACCUGCUUAAUAAAAGACUCACAUGCUUUAAAAACAAGAGAGACUAAUGGCUGUUUUCAUGUAUUGCAUGCACUAUUUCAGCUGACCCACUAAGCGCAGCCAUCUCUGUAUUUAUUCUGGAUGUGGACUUAGUUAGGUAGCACUAUCACUUUUAAUAGGGAUCAGCAGCUUUGGGGGUGAGCAGGCCUGUCUGGAGCUGCUUACCAGAGCUGGUCACGCGCCAUAUGUCUGCAUAGAGAGACAGUCAGCACUGCCCUCAACUCCCUCAGCGUCAGUCAUUCAAACCGAGUUCACCGGCUUACCAUGGCUUUAGCAUCUGUGCGGUAAAUGUAGGGCAUAGCUGUUUGCUCGUCUGCCUGCUGCUGCUUUAAACGAAUAAACCCAAGCUGUGACUUUUAGUUGUGUUGGUUUGCUGCGCUGACAACAUCUCUGCAUGUCCACCAUGAGGCUGAGGUCCAGGAGUAGAGAGAGAGAGGAGGAUCAAAUGGAGGAAGAUAUGGAGGUAAAAGUGUGUUUUGUUUGUUAAGAUUGUCCUUUUUUGACUGGAGCUUUUAUUUUGACAUUGAGGACACAGCUGUGAUUGUCCGGCAGUCUGCCCUGUGACUUAUAUUUGAAUCCAGGCUUUUGGUUUACAGACUAUUAGAGCGGUUCAAGCGAAUAAAAGCUGCGUAGAUUAACGCAAAGAAAAUAUACACUGAUCUGAAAGAGUGUAUUUGAGCUGGGUGUGACACAAAUGGUAGAAAAAAAGAGAAAUAUUUCUGCUUACACGCUUUUGUGCAAGAAUAGUGAAGAUUUUUUGGUUAACCCUUUUUUUAAUUUGCAGGUGAAAUUUGAGGAGACUGAAAUGAUUCCAAAGUCAGGAAAAUCUCCGACCGACUCAAGGAAAAGUGUCGGCAUCCAAGAGUUUGCAGCACUUGCCAGAUCCUCCUUGAAUGGUAGAAAGAAACACUUUGUUUACUUUGUGUUCUACUCCAAGAGUCAUAAAUUUCACACGUCAGAUUUUGCAACCCUUUCUCCCUUUUUCUCCUCUGUUGUCAGGUAUCUCUCAGGCUGUCAGGGAUCAUGUGACGAAGCCCACCUCUCUGGCUCAGGGUCGAGUCGCACACCUGAUCGAAUGGAAAGGCUGGCCCAAACCUGCAAACCCGCCUCCGGCCACCCACUCCCAAUUCAGCUCUUACAGCCACCUGACUGAAGGAGAGAAGGAGGCCCGCUUUGCUGCAGGUAUACACAUCUGUGGAUGAUCUGUUUAGUUUGCAGCAGUAAGAGUGUAAGAAGCUGUGAGGGCAUCUCCUUACUUAGCCUUGUCGAGCUCCGGCAUCAUCUCCUACCUUCUGUCAUCUACUUAAUCCCCUAAAACUCCUGUAUGUCAGCGGCCUGCCCCGCCCACCGCGCUGUCUCUUGGGUGACGGCUUGUCUUGGCAGCAGAUGGUGGCCUAUUAGACACUCUCCCAGAACACUUCACUGCCCACCAAUGGUACAACAGCGCCUGUUGUUUUGCUGUGACUCAUCCUCUUUGCUGGCGCUGGUCACAUCAGCAUGGUUUGAUCAAAAGAGAGAAUAUGAGGGAGAGAGAGAGAGAGAGAGAGGGACACAGGAUGCAGCGUCUGUAAAUCUUGCGCCGUGUAAUGUGUUUUCCUCUUUUCACGUCUCAAUCAUUUCUUAGCUACUGAAGACAUGUUUGCCUGCUUUGAAAGCAUGAGGAUAAAUUCAUCAGUGCAAGGAGAAAUGAUUGAUUUUAUUAUUUAUAAUUGAUAACUCAUCAUUUGAUGAAUUUAUCUAUGAAAAUUUGUUGAAAACAAGCUGAGUAUUUUGCGCUUUUAUUGAACAGAAUCCCUGUCAUCUUUAAAUAUAUUACAUUUUUGUCUGUUUAAAAAUGUUACUCUUAGCUCUGGGGAAAUUUGCUCAGAGUUUUAUAAAAUUUUAUACGCUGUUAUAUUAUUGGGCCUACUGUUUACAUCGUGUAGUAUGUACUCAACCUGGGGCAUAAAGCAUAUGUAGAGCAAUCAAUAGAUAGUCAAAUCAAUGAAUAAGAGCUAUAACAUGAUGGACACCCAGGAAAUCUAAUGCAACCUAAUAUACCAGCUCAAUUUAAAGGACGCUUCUGUGUUUUUCAUUUACUGCUGCAUAGUAAUCACUCUUUAAAUUGUCACUCUUUAAGUGUCAAAGGUGUAUUGAAGUACUUUAUACUGAAAGGUGUGUCUAAUGUUUGAUCAUGAUUUAGACGUAUAUGGACAUAUAUUUGAAAUACAAGGAGAACAACUACCUUCCAAUUCUUCAAUAAUGAAUGCAAAAUACAAUAAUCAUCUGACUGAUUAUGUCAGCAAAACAGACGUUAUAAAAGCUCCCUGAGAGUAAGAUUUAUGAGAUGUUGUAUUAGGUUGUGUUAGUGUUCAAAAAACUCCCCGCUGUAAUCGAACGCCCCUCAAGGUGGAAUAAGGCAGCGAAAGAAAGAAGGUGUCAAAACAUAAAAUAAUUAGACCUCUCAGAUUUAUAAUUGGAAACGGUAUUUAGCAGACUCACAAAACAGGUAGAGGAAAACCUUUUAAAGUUGCAGUGAUUUCUGGAGCCUGAAGUCACCUUUAUUCAAACAGCGAUUUCAUCCUUUUAAGAAGUCACAUGACAAACCAGAGGGCUUAUGAGUUAAGUAGAGGGAUCCGUAAGCAUAUAAAGACCUCAUCAGAGUUCAUGAAAUGCUUCUCUCUGGUGUCUUUCGAACAGGAGUGGCUGAACAGUUCGCCAUCGCCGAGGCUAAGCUGCGUGCGUGGGCGUCUAUGGAUGACGACGAAGACGAUGACUCCAAUGAUGAGGACUCUCACAUCAACGGACAGUCUCGCAUCUUCACCAGUCAGAGCUCAGGUAUCCACACACCCCGUCUUUCUAUCAGUUCAUGUCAUCGUCAUAAUCUCAUCUUCAUCUCUGCGUCAUCAUCAUCACUGACAGAUUGCUUCAUCUUCCCACCUCCACACCCCAUUUAUCCAUCCAUCUCCAGGUGUUCUGACUUUUUGCUCCUUCCUCAGACGCCGCCACAUCCAGUCCUACCACAGGACCGCUAUGCCAGUCUGAGAUCGAUGUAGGCGGUGAGGCCCCGCCCUCUGACAGUCCUCUGGGCCCCGACAGUGACAGCCUGCUCUGCGACAGGCCUGUUUCUCACAGUGACCCACAUUCAUCCCAGACCAAUUCACCUACUUUGCCCAGCGACUGCACCAGCCCUUUCCUGGAGGAGGAGGAAGAGGACGAAGGGAGACUGGAUUGCCAGAAGGGGGAGGAGGUCCCGUUGCAGGAACAGCGCAGCGAGGUCUACAUCCACCAGAAGCCCGAGUGGAGGCCCCGGGCCAGGAGCAGCAGGUUUGACUCCUGCUACUCCACCUCUCACUCUGAGUCUCCUGGAGAGGAGGACGAGGAGGAUGAGGAGGAGGAUGGCAGCGUGUUUCACGAUGUCCGGGUGUGGCAUUGCAGCCCGAGGAGCUUCUUCUCUGACAGGGCCUCAUCUGGAGUGGCGUCAUUCGAGGAAGAGGAGGAGAGGGAUGACAUCGAGGAGAAGAAAGAGUUUUUGAUGUGAUGUGUUGUCCAACUUUCUGUCUCUUUGGGUCUGUGUUGAUUCUGGAUAUGACACCAUCUAUUCUGCUUUCAUCGUUAACCUCUCUCCUCCCCCCCCUCUUCAUCCUUUCUCACCUCCUCUCCUCUCUACUCGCUGCCUUCUGUCUCCCAUCCUCCAGGCCUUUCAUGUACUGAUCUCGCUCCACCGUAAAUCACUGCUGUGAACAGUAAAUAUACGUAUGUCGGAGAGCUCCACCAGAAUGUAAAGCUGUUGUUCAAACUGAGUUUUGUACAUUUUAGUGCAGAGUCAUGUGUCGCUGUUGUGUUCGUUUUUCUAUAAAUAUUUUGAAGUGUUUUCUCUGUGUCAUCCUGUGUCACGUGGGUUGGGCAAUGUUUGAUACUGAAUGUCUGAAUGUCCUGCAUAUAUAAAUAUAACUUUUUGAAAGAAAACAGCUUUUUUUUUUAAUCUCUUCAAACCCAAACUAGAGCAUACAGGAUAGAAAUAACACUUCUAAUUUUAAAGGUGUUCGUUUAUGUUAUUUAAUCAUUCACUCAUGUACAAAAACAACUUCAUGUCCUCUGAAAAAUAACAAUGGCUGUUGGAUUUCAAAUGCAUAAUUCUCCUAUGUACAAAAGCAUGUAUGUAGGUCUCAUCCAUGUAUGUUCAUAUGUACAAAGCAUAUACAGGCCAGUGCCAUAUAAAGGGAGAUACUACAGACUUAUUGCUUAACUAGAUACGCUUCAAAUUAGCUUAUACACUCUCUACAUUGACCUCCUUAUACAUGACCCUAUAUGACGAGCACUACUUUACAUUCUAGAUGCAAACAGGACAAAUAAAGGUCAACACAGACAAAAUAACGCAGCAAUGUCAUCGUGUAAGAUCGAAAUAAGGCUCAUGAAGCGAAAAAUACACCCAUUGAAUGUUGUAACAAGGACUCACACACAUUUUUGCUCUACAACAGUUUUUGACUCGUUUGCCACUGUGCUUCGUACAGAAGUCUCCACAUUGCAUUAGAGGCCAGGCUGAUUAGGAUACGUGUGAGAUAUCACGGUGUUAAUAUCUACAGGCUGCACACAUAACGUGUGUGUGUGUGUGUAACAGUGUGAGUGUGUUUUUUUUGUGUGUGUGCUCUGUACAACAGCCAGUCUCCCUUUCACCAAGAGCUCAGAUUUCGUCCCUUUAUCAUGCUAUGAACACAUUAACACAGUAAAUACUCACAUAUCAGAAAUCAAAAAAAGCACUUCUUCAGAGUGACGAGACUGACGGUAUAAAUUGCCCUUAUUGAACCAGCUCCUAUAAAGCCACACGAGGCCAAAUGUUGAAUAAAUGAUACUCAUGGUAAUUACAA